CGCAGCCGGGGCGACGGGUCUGGUGCCGCAGCAGCUCACUCAGGCCGUGGGUCGUCGCUGCAGACGCGGGCAGAGGAGGGAACAACGACUCAGCGGGAGCACUUGGCAGAGGAGGGGAAGGGAUUCAGAAGACACCCCGCGUCUCCCUUCUCGAAUUUCUCUUGGUUCCUGUCAGUUGAUUCGUAGCCUGAAAUGCAUGGUCAUGGAGGCUAUGACUCUGAUUUUAGUGAUGAUGAACACUGUGGAGAAUCUAGCAAAAGGAAAAAAAAGACAGUUGAAGAUGAUUUACUGCUCAAAAAGCCAUUUCAGAAAGAAAAACAUGGAAAGGUGGUCCAUAAGCAAGUUGCAGCAGAAUUGCUGGAUAGGGAAGAAGCAAGAAAUAGAAGGUUUCAUCUCAUAGCUAUGGAUGCUUAUCAAAGGCAUACAAAGUUUGUAAAUGACUAUAUUUUAUACUAUGGUGGCAAAAAAGAAGACUUCAGGCGAUUGGGGGAAAAUGACAAGAUAGACAUGGAUAUUAUACGAGAAAAUCACAGAUUCCUAUGGAAUGAGGAGGAUGAAAUGGACAUGAAUUGGGAGAAGAGACUUGCAAAGAAAUACUAUGAUAAAUUAUUCAAGGAAUACUGCGUAGCAGAUCUCACCAGAUACAAAGAAAAUAAGUUUGGAUUUAGGUGGCGAGUAGAAAAAGAAGUAAUUUCAGGGAAAGGCCAGUUUUGCUGUGGAAAUAAAUGUUGUGAUAAAAAAGAAGGCUUAAAGAGUUGGGAAGUUAAUUUUGGUUAUAUUGAGCAUGGUGAAAAGAGAAAUGCGCUUGUUAAAUUAAGAUUAUGCCAAGAAUGUUCCUUUAAAUUAAAUUUUCAUCACAGGAGAAAAGAAGUCAAGUCAAAAAAAAGAAAGGAUAAAGCCAGAAAAGAUUGUGAAGAAUCAUCACAUAAAAAAUCCAGAUUAUCUUCUGUAGAAGAGUCCUCUAAGAAAAAGGAUAAAGGAAGCUCUGAUGAGGAAGGAAGUACUUCAGAAUCUGAACUUUGGAAGGGCCCACUACCAGAGACAGAUGAAAAAUCACAGGAAGAAGAAUUUGAUGAAUAUUUUCAAGGUUUAUUUCUGUGAGAUGGAAGAGGGAUGCGUACAUUCCUUAAUGUGAAAGUAUACUUUGAAACUCUUCACAGAAUUUUGUCUACAAGUUGCAACUUGAGUGGUUUGUCUUUGGAAAUAAAAAUCCAGCUACUCUCAGGA